AUGGAAGACUUCGCAGCAGAAGACUUUCCCCGCGCUGCUCCUAUUAGGAAGCAGGAGAAGCAGCGGGGAGACACAAAACAGCGAGGAGGCAGCAGCAACCGCAGCAGCAGCAGCAGCAUCAGCAAGGGUAAGACUGGGGACAGCAGCAGCAAGGAAUCUUCUUCCUCUCGGUCUCAGCUAUCCUUCCCUUUCCUAAAUUAUGCAGCAGCAGCAGCAGGAGGAGAGCAGCAGCAGCAGCAAGAUGAUGCUGAGGAAACCUAUGGGUUAACAGGCAGCAAUACAGACACAGCAGCAGCAGCAACAGCAGCAGCAGCAGCAAUUCGUUGCCCCUUAAAGGAAGGGGCGCUGCUGCUUGCUGCUGUUGCAGAGAUUCAUACAAAUGAGUUGCUGCUGCAGCUGCCUUAUGGUCUUGUGGGGUAUGUACACCGUACGCAUACCUUAGAGCUGCAGCAGCAGCAGCAGCAGCAGCAGCAGCAGCAGCGAAAGUUAAAAGGCGGACAGCAGCAGCAGCAGCAGGAAACAGCGUAUAAGCAGCAGCUGUUGCAGCGUUUCUUCGUUGGGCAGCUGCUUCCUUGUGUUGUCAUUAGUACCCCUGGCAGCAGCAGCAGCAGCAGCAACAGCAGCAGCAGCAGCAGCAACAGUGUGUAUGAGCUGUCUCUGCGUCCCUCCUUAUGUAAUGCAGGACUCUCGCUGCAGCUGCUGCAGCAAGGAAUGUUGCUGCCAGCAACUGUCUCCUCUGUAGAGGAGCACGGUUUGCUGCUGUGUUUUGGUCUGCAGCAGCAGCAGCAAGGCAGCAGCAGCAGCAGCAGCAGUGGUGGUAUUCGUGCCUUCCUACCGCAGCCGCAGCACCAGCUGCUGCAGCAGCAGCACAACAUGCAGCUGCUGCAGGGAUCUAUUAUCCCUGUUGUGCUGCAGGAGGUAAAUAAGGCAGCAAGUACUAUUAUAUGUGCAGCAGCAACAGCAGCAGACACAGCAGCAGCAACAGCAGCAGCAGGACCUCUACUCUCCCCUAUAGGACUGCAGCAGCAGCUAGCUUAUGAUAGCCUAAGGCCUGGUCUGCUGCUGGAGUGUCGUGUGCAGCGGCCAAUAAUGCAUGCAGCAGCAGCAGCAGCAGCAAAGAGGAGGAAAGGAGGAGAAGAUAGCAGCAGCAGCAGCAGCAGCAGCAAGAAGGGGGUAACAGCAGCAGAACUCCCCUGCAUGCAAGGGCUGCAGCUGCGGUGUCUGCACAGCAUGACAGCAGUUGUGCUGCACCCCCACAUAACACAUCCUGCGCUGCUGCAGCAGCAGCAGCAACAGCAGCAGCAGCUGCAGCUGCUGGCACCCAGCAGCAAGAAGGCCAAGCAAGGAGACAAACCGCAGCAGAUCCUUGCUGACGAAGACAGCAGCAGCAGCAGCAGCAGCAGCAGCAUGAUAACAGAGGACAAGCUGCAGCAGCAGUUUGAUAAACAGCUGCUGCAGCUAUUUAACCCACAGCAGCAGCAGCAGCAGCAGCAGCAGCAGCAGCGUGUAUAUGCAAGAAUAAUUGGUUUGCUGCCUCAGCAGCGGGUAAUUUAUGUGUCUUUGCUGCCGCAUAUUGUUGGGUGGCAGCAGCAGCAGCAGCUGCUGCUGCUGCCUCCUCAUUUGCUGCUGCCAGGUACAAAGAUUAAGACACCUUUGCCUAUCCUUAAGAGCAGCAGCAGCAGCAGCAGCAGCAGCAGCAGCAGCAGCGCAGCAAAUACAGACGGGCAGCGCGCUCUGCUGCCCCUUUAUAAGCUGCAGCAGCAGCUGCUGCUGCAGAAUAACAGCAGCGACAAGGAUGAUGAGGAUCUUGCUGCUGCUGCUGCUGCAGCAGCAGCAGCAGCACCCGAUAGCAGCAGCAGCAGCAGGAUUGCUCAGUUUGCUGUUGUGCGUAUCCCUCCAACGUUUGACGUCAGCAGCAGCAGCAGCAGCAGCAGCAAGAGGAAGAGGGAGCAGCAGUUGCAGCAGCAGCGGCAGCACAUUAGCCGCUGCCGUGUCUUGUUUAUUCAUUGGUUAGAUCUAGAAGUUAUUGCUGCUGCUGCUGUGCAGCAGCAGCAGCAGCAGCAGCAGCAGGAGCUGCUGCUGUCUCCCUUAGAGGUACCUCCAGGGUCUCUUCUUAAGGGAACGGUUAUUAAGGCUAUUAAGAUACACAGCAGCAGCAGCAGCAGCAGCAGCAGCAGCAGCAAACAUAAGCUGCUGCAGCAGCAGCAGCAAAUGCAACCACAACGUGUUGAGCAGCAGCAAAUGGGGCUGCUUAUUCGCGAUGUGCCGCUGCAGCAGCUGCCUAAGGAUGCAGCAGCAGGAGCAGCAAUUAGUGUCCGUGUGCUGCGGCAGUUUUGCUGCAGCAGCUGUGAUUUUAUUGAGUCAUCUGCUGCUGCUGCUGCUGCUGUCCUUAGUGGCUGCUGCACCAAUCGUAUGAACCCACAGCAGCAGCAGCAGCAGGAGCAGCUGCAGCUGUACCCUGUUAGCAGCAGCAGCAGCAGCAGCAGCAGCAUAUUUACUGCCUUUGAGAGGGGUAUGCUUGCUGCUGCUCUUAUGACGAUGGGGGGAGGAGGCAGCAGCAGGUUGCUGCUGGCUAGCAGCAAAGUGUUGCGGCAGCUGCAGUCUCCUUUGCUGCCACGUCUGCUGCAGCCAUCUGCUGCUGUAGCUGCUGCUGCUGCUAUGGGUAUGCUGCAGCAGCAGCAGCUGCAGCAGCAAAAGAUACGGCCUGUUGUAGAAAGAGGAAAAGUUCUUCUUGGCUACGUUAGCGAGAUCAAGACAGUGCAGCACAUAAGGCAACAGCAACAGCAGCAGCAGCAGCAGCAGCAGCAGCAGCGGCAGCAGCAGCAGAUAGUGCUGCGCUUCUUUGGUCCUUUUAAGGCUGUGCUGCCAGCAGCAGAUGUUGCAGCAGCAGAAGCAAAUGGCAAAGAAUUCAAACUAGGAACUCUUGUUAAGGUGGCGGUGACUUCUGUAUGCCUAUCUCGCGGUACAUUAGAGGUGACUACAGACAUAACUGCAGCAGCAGCAGCAGCAGCAGCUGGAGGCGACAGCAGCAGCAGCAGUAGCAGGAUAUUAUCUACAGGGGCAGUUAUACCUGGUACAGAAGCACGCGUGGUGUCUGUACACCAGAACGGUGUGCUGCUGCUGCUGCAGCGGUGCCGCAGAGUUCCUCCAAAGCACCACCAGCAGCAACAGCAGCAGCAGCAACAGCAGCAGCAGCAGCAGCAGCAGCAAGGAGGUGUCCUUGCCUUCGUGCCUUUGCUGCAUCUUGCUGAUGAGGUAGGGUCAACAUUACCAUCUGAAUUUGUAGUUAUUGCUGCUGUCUUCUCUGUGUCUCUUGGUCCCUUAAUUGCUUCUGCUGCUGCUGCUGCUGCUGCUGCUAAAAAGAAGCGUAAGCUCAACAGCAGCAGCAGCAGCAGCAGCAGCAGCACAGGAGAUUCAGCUAUGGAUCUCCUAUUAGCAGCAGCAGCAAAGAAGAUGGAGGCAGCAAUGCAGCAGCAGCAGCAGCUACGUGAUGUCUGUCUUAUUAGUCUUAAACCCUCUCUAUGCGCAUCUUCCCUUUGCAGCAGCAGCAGCAGCAGCAACAGCAGCAGCAGCAAUGGUGCAGUUAAUCGUUAUUUUGCUCGUAGUAGUUCUGAGUUACAGCAGAUGCAUGCAACAGCAGCAGCAGCAGCAGCAGCACCAUUGCUAUUAUUUGGAUAUAUUAAGCAAGAAGCAGCAGCAUGCGGGGUGUAUGUCUCCUUGGGGUGUAUGCAUGCACAAGGUGUCUCCUUUUAUCGUAAUAUAGCAGCAGACUUUGUCCCUACGCAGCAGCAUUUAUUAAGGAGAUUACCUAUAGGUCUAACUGUUAAGGCAGCACUGCAGCAGCAGCAGCAGCAGCAGCAGCAACAGCAGCAGCAGCAGCAGCAGCAGCAGCAGCAGCAGGUUGUUGAGUUAAGGCCUCAUAAGAUUAAUAAAAUUAUAAGAGAACAAACAACAGAUGCAGCAUUAGCUGCUGUUGCUCUCCCUACACUGCAGCGUAUGCUGCAGCAACGAGCAGCAGCAGCAGCAGCAGCAGCAGCAAAUGAUACUGAUGCUGCUGCAUGCAUCUGCAGCAAAGCCUUACGUGCUGGCGGUUUGCUGCGCUGCUCCUUCGUUAAGUUUUGCUGCAGCGGAGGAAAGUUUAGUGUUGCUGGUUGCUGCUGUGGGGCUGCAUGCGUUUAUAUUAUUGUUCCUCCUGCCUUCUUGCCUCCUAUGCUGCAGCGGCAGCUGCAGCAGCAGCAGCAGCAGGAUGGGGAGGAGGAAGAGGAGGAGCAGCAGCAACAAUUUGAUUGUCUUAUUGUUGCUGCUGAUCCUUGCAGCAAAGUUGCCUAUGGCUGCUGCAGCGGAGAUCUGCUGCAGCCCUUCCUGCUGCUGCAGCAGCUAGCAGCAAAAGCGCAGCAGCAAAACACCAAGAUGCUGCGGUGUACAGUAGGUGUUGCUGCAGCAGCAGCAGCAGCAGCAGCAGAUAAUGACGAGCUGCAGCAGGAAGAAAUUACUAUUCGCUUACAAAAGAAAGCGAAGGUUAAGCAGCAGCAGCAGCAGCAGCAGGAAGCAGCAGCAGAUGCAUGGGACUAUAAGAAUGAGGCAAUGCCCCCUGUCUUGCUGCAGCUGCUGCAGCAGCGGUUGCUGAAUAGACAGGAGCAGCAGCAGGAAGAGGAGGAGGAGCAGCAGCAGCAGAAAGGUGUCUUGGUUGCAGACAUGGGUCUGCUUGCUGUUGCUGCUGUUGCUGCAGAAGCAGCAGAGUUUAGUAUAGGAGACAGCAGCAAACCUUUGCUGCUGUCUCUUCCUCUUUUCUUUAUAACUGUGUCUCCUAUUAGCAACAAUGAGCAGCAGCAGCAGCAGCAGCAAGAGGAAGAAGAAGAGGAGGAAGCAGCAGCAGCUGCAGCAGCAACUCUUAAUGCUUCUGCUGCUCUUGUUGGAUGCCCAGUAGACUUAGUAGGCAAAUUCUCUCCUGUUACAGCAGCAACAGCAGCAGCAGGAGAAGAAGGAGAAGCAGCAGCAGCAGCAGCAGCAGCAAAGGCGUUGCCGCAGUUGCUGCUGCCUCUUUGCUGCCGAUCUCGUGAUGACGGGAAGGUAUCAUCAAGCGAGUCUGCUGCUGCUGCUGCUGCAGCAGCAGCAGCAGGUCCUCUGCAGCAGCUAAUAAACAAGGAGCAGCAGCAACUGCAGCAACUAGUAAAGACACCAACAGCAGCAGCAGAUCUAUAUAUUGGGGCUGUUAUCUGCUGCAGAUUAACAAAAGUUAAUGCAUGCGCUGCUGCAGCACAGCUGGUGUCUACUCAUAUAAAAGCUGAGGUGUAUAUACACUGUACAGAUGCCCUUCCUCCUGUUGCUGCUAAUACUAAGCAGCAGCAGCAGCAGCAGCAGCAGCAAGGAGGACUGUGGGCUCCUCCUCCUAUUAAGGAGGAGACAGAUCUUCCUGUGUCUCCUUUAGGGUUACUAAGACCGCAGCAAGAGAUAUAUGCUGUUGUGCUGGCUAUACACCGUAGACGCAGCAGCAGCAGCAACAGCAGCAGCAGCAGCAGCAGCGAAGAUGAAGGAUAUGGAGGGUUUAUGGAUUCCUUAAGGAAACAAAAACAGCAAGAAACAAUUGUUAUUAGUGCAGGCCUAUUUAGACCAGCAGCAACAGCAGCAGCAGCAGCAGCAGCAGCAGGAGAAAAGACAAGCACCAAACAAAAGAAACAAAAACAGCAGCAACAGCAGCAGCAGCAGCAGCAGCAGCAGCAGCAGCAUAGCGAAGCAGAGUGGGGUGUAAUAGAGAAGACUCUCCCUGGUCAUAUCUUUGUUAGUUGCGGUUGGAGCAGCAAGAGGGGUCAAGAAGAAGCGCAGCAGCAGCAGCAGCAGCAGCAGCAGCAGGACAACGACAAGGACAACGAACAGCAGCACCAGCAGCAGCAGCAGCAGCAGCCACGACGCCGUGGAGAGCAGCAACAGCAACAACAGCAACAGCAACAGCAGCAGAAGCAGCAUAAACAUAAUAGUAGAUUGCUGCCUCCUCCAUCACCGCAGCAGCAGCAGCUGCUGCUGUCUCCUAUUUUGUCUGCUGCUGCUUCUGCACCUAUACCCGAAGAAAUCACUAACCUAACGCAGCUGCUGCUGCUGUCUGCUAGCAGCAAGCUGCUGCUGCGCCUCCCCCUUCUUGCUACUGUACACUCUACUGAGCUAUCUGAUGUGCUGCUGCAGCAGCCGCUGCAGCAGCUGCAGCUAGCACCAGGGCAGUUCGUUACAGUGAAGAUCCUUAAACAGCAGCAGCAGCAGCAACAGCAACAGCAGCAACAGCAGCAGCAGCAGCAGCAGCCAGUGGCGCUGCAGGCUACUAUGAGGAGGAAAGCAAUAGAAGGAAUAAUUGAUGACGAAGAAGAUCUAACAAGACCUAAAAAUAUAGCAGAUAUAAAACGUGGCGCGUGCUACCCAGGUCUAGUUGUUGGUCACAGCAGCAGCGGCAUAUUUGCUGCAAUAAGCAGCAGCAUAACCUUACGUAUAUCAUUACAGCAGGCAGCAGCAGGUGUAUCUGCUGCAGCAGCAGCUGCAGCAGGUGGAGCUGGAUCAGCAGCAGCAGCAGCAGCAGCAGAUAGAGAUGGUAGCAGCGGACUACUUAGUAUAGAGGAAGCAAAAAGAAUAUUCCCUCUAGGUUAUUUGCUGCCUAAGAUUUACAUCUUAUCUGUUGAUUAUGCUGCUGCUAAGGUUGAUGGAUCCUUGAAUCCUGCUGCUGCUGCUGCUGCUGCUGCUGCUGCAGCAGGAGGCGGUGCUGGUGGUCGUAGAGGACAGCAGACACUCCUGCUGCAUCGUUAUCAAGGUGACGCCAAGGCACCCACCGUAGCAGGAGCAGCAGCAGGAACAGCAGCAGCAGCAGCAGCAGCAGGAGAAGGAUCAAUGGAGCAGCUGCGUCUGCUGCUGCUGCAGUGUCUACGUAAAGGAUUAGUAGUAGAAGGAACAGUACGGGGUGUACAUGCAUAUGGUGUAUUUGUACGUUUGUCUCUUUUUGCUGCGGAUACACCUGACGAGGGCCCAGCUGUCUCCUUUCUGCAGCAGCAGCUGCAGCAGAAGCAGCAGCAACUGCAGCAACUACAGCAGCAACAACAACAACAAAAGGGUAAAGAACAACAACAAGAUCCUCAAUUACAGAAAAAGAUAAAGAAAGCUUCUGCUGCAGUUGCUGCUGCUGCUGCUGCACUGCAGCAACUGCAGCAGCUACGUCUUGUUGCUGUUGAUUCCCUCUGUGCUGCUGCUAGGUUAGGUGCAGCAACAGCAGCAGAGAAGGAAAGAAGAUUAAAUUUAUUAAAUAAUGGAGAUAUAGUACAGGCAAAGAUUGUUGCGCUGCAGCAUAUUACUUGUCAGCAUGACGAGGAUGACAGCAGCAACAGCAGCAGCAGCAACAGCAGCAGCAGCAGCAGCAGCAGCAGCAGCAGCAAGACGUGGCAAAGUGUUAAAGUUGAUAUUUCUCUUGAUCCUGCUGAUCUACCACCUCCAGAGGAAUAUGAAGAACAGGAGGAGCAGCAGCAGCAGCAAGUUGCUGCUGCUGCUGUUGCUGCAGUACCUGCAGCAGCAGCACCUGCAGCAGCAGCAGCAAAUGCAGCAGAUAAGAGGGCAGCCUCCUUAGCAAAUGAGGAAGCAGACACAGCAGCAACAGGAGAGAGCAGCGAGACAGAUGAUGAGGAAGAUAUGCAGCAGCAGCAGAUGCUGCAACAGCAGCAGCAGCAGCAGCAGCAAGUGUGGGGUUGGGAGGAGACAGUACCAGCAGCAGGAGACACAGGAAGUGCAGCAGAAGAAUCAGAAGAAGAAGAAGAAGAAGCAGCAGCAGCAGCAGCAGAAAAAGGAAAGAAAAGCAAAAGGGAUAAACUAAGAAAAAAACGGGAGAUGCAAGAAGCACUAGAAGCACUAGAGGCGAAGCAGCAGCAGCAGCAGCAGCAGCAGGAAGAAGGAGGAGAGCAGCCAAACUCUGUAGAAGACUUUGAGCGUUUGCUGCUUACUCAUGGGUGA